AUGGAAGAAAAGGGACAAUGGAAAGAUGUGGCUUGCCGUUUGCCUCUUACCUUUGUGUGUCAUGAAGAUCAGCUGAUAUUGAUCAAACAGAAUCUGAGUUGGAUGGAAGCUCUGAUACACUGCAGACAGAAUCAUGUGGAUCUGGUUUCAGUUGAUUCAGAGGAGAUUCAGUGCUGGGUGACAGAAGUGGUUCAACACGCUUCUACUGCAGAGGUUUGGCUGCGGUUGCGUCACUCCUGCACGCUGGACACUAUGGUCCAAAUGGAAGAAAAGGGACAAUGGAAAGAUGUGGCUUGCCGUUUGCCUCUUACCUUUGUGUGUCAUGAAGAUCAGCUGAUAUUGAUCAAACAGAAUCUGAGUUGGAUGGAAGCUCUGAUACACUGCAGACAGAAUCAUGUGGAUCUGGUUUCAGUUGAUUCAGAGGAGAUUCAGUGCUGGGUGACAGAAGUGGUUCAACACGCUUCUACUGCAGAGGUUUGGCUGCGGUUGCGUCACUCCUGCACGCUCAACACUUGGUACUGGGUGAAUGGAGAGAUGGUGUGCUAUGAGAAGUGGGCUGAAGGGAAUGAAACAGCAGUGGAGAACUGUGAAACUGUGAUGAGAUCUGGUGCGGUUCAGUCUGGAGGAGAUCAUCGCUGGAUCAGCCUUCCUGAAACUGAGAGACGCAACUUCAUCUGCAGCAGAUAUGAUUGA